AUGUGUGUUCAGCGCGGCGCGAGUCGACCUACGGCGACGGCGGCGGCGACGGUAGAGAGCGUUGGGAGCACGGAGACGCAUCGGCGGCAAUGUUUCCGCAAGGGAGUAUUGAGCGGCCGCGGAAAACGGCGACGCGACGCGACACGCAUCGCUCUGCCAUCGGUUCGCGUCGACCUCCGCCGCCACCGCCGACGCAGUUACGUACGUCAACCUCUCUCUCGACCCCCGAGGCUGCCGCCGGCGCGCAAACAUUUCCUUCCAUUUUCGCCCCGCCGACUAGUUGGUUUCCUUCCUGACGGUGAGCUUCUUUCGGUUUCUUUCCCCUUUAUUUCGUAUACCUAUGCCAUCUUUGGUUAAUUAUCUCAAACUAUGAUUAUCUGGAGAGGCCCUAGGAAGCUUCGAAGUGCCUAUGUAGUAAAAACUAGUUUUUUUAAAGUUACUUUUUGAGCUUUCUCAGUGUUUUUCUCUAAUAUUUUUUUAAGUCCUAUCUGUAUUAGAGGUAUUUUUCGAAGCUCAGAGCGAUUUGAGAAUCAGCCCUGUACAAAUUUUUGAGCCAUUAGAUCGAAAAAAAUUUUUUUAAAUAUGGUUAAAAGAGAGUUGAGAGCUCAGAAGCAUCAAUAAAAAGAGCUAUGGUCCGAAAGAGAGCCACAGAAAUUGAAUUGAAGAUUUCUCUAAUUUUUUUCUAGGUUUUGAACUCUUUCGACUUCUGAAGUUUGAAGCUCAGCGACAACUCUAGAAAAAAUAAUGAGCGAUAUAAAUAUAUGGAUGUAAAGUCUAGUUUAUUUAUUGGUUGAUAGAGCUUCUCUUCUUUUUUAAACUUCGAUGAGAUUCAUAUCGUUUAUCCCAACACGAGAGGUCUCCACGAACUCAGAACUACUAAUGAACGAAAAUUGAUAUUCAAAUAUGAAGAGAAAAGUGUAAAAGUUUGUUUUCCACUUUGAUAUUGAAAGAUUCUGAAUUUUUGAAUUUUCAUUUUUCUUCUUUUUUUGCAAUAAAUAUUUUCAUGAAGCUUGGAAACAUCCUUUAAAGUUUCUUUCUCAAUCUUCAACUAUAUAUUUGUCAUAAAAAUUAGAAAAUAUCAUUUUUCCAGUUUCGCGAGCUUUCUCCAAUUCAUUUUUUUAAUGCUUGAAAACUGAAAAAUCCUUAAUAAUAGUUUUUCCAAACUCUUUUUCUUCAAUAAUUGUUUUCUCCCAGCUGAGUUUUUUUUAUAUUAGCUCGUUAAAUUGCUAUAAAUCUAUAAAAUCUUCCUUCUUGGAAGCGUCGUUUCAAGAUUAGUUCGUUUUCUCAGACUUUUUUCUAAAAUCCUUUAGUAUAGAUACUUUAUUGUUUUCUCGAUAAAUUUACAAAGCAAAGUUUACAGGUCUCAAUGUCUGA